CCCUCAGCGCCGAGGACCGCGUCGGCCUCGUCAAUGCCCUGAAGGACAAGCUGCAGAGCUUGGCGGGGCAGCAUGCGGACGUGCUCGAGUCGCUCUCGCCCAAUGUCAGGAGGCGUGUUGAGUUUCUGAGGGGCAUUCAGAGCCAACAUGAUGAGAUUGAGACGAAGUUUUUCGAGGAACGGGCUGCCCUUGAAGCCAAGUACCAGAAGCUGUAUGAACCAUUGUAUGCUAAGAGGUAUGACAUUGUAAAUGGAGUUGUGGAGGUUGAUGGUGUUGCUAAAGAACCUACCACUGAAAAUGCUGCCGAGGGGGGAGAUUCAGAUGCUAAAGGUGUCCCAGAUUUUUGGCUCACUGCUUUGAAAACAAAUGACGUGUUGACUGAGGAGAUCCAAGAGCGUGAUGAGCCUGUUUUGAAAUAUCUAAAGGAUAUCAAGUGGUCUAGAAUUGAUGACCCCAAGGGUUUCAAGCUUGAGUUUUUCUUUGAUACAAACCCUUUCUUCAAGAACUCUGUCCUAACAAAAUCCUAUCAUAUGGUUGAUGAGGAUGACCCAAUUUUGGAGAAAGCAAUCGGGACUGAAAUUGAGUGGUAUCCUGGGAAAAAUGUGACACAGAAGAUUCUAAAGAAGAAACCCAAGAAAGGUUCAAAGAACACCAAGCCUAUUACUAAAACUGAAGAGUGUGAGAGCUUCUUCAACUUUUUCAGCCCCCCACAAGUACCUGAGGAUGAUGAGGACAUUGAUGAAGAAGCCGCUGAUGAGCUUCAGGGUCAAAUGGAGCAUGAUUAUGACAUUGGGUCUACCAUAAGGGACAAGAUCAUCCCUCAUGCUGUUUCUUGGUUUACGGGCGAGGCUGUGCAAGCUGAGGAUUUUGAUGAUAUGGAAGAUGGUGACGAGGAUGACGACGAUGAGGAUGAUGAUGAUGAUGAAGAAGAUGAUGAGGAUGAGGACGAUGAUGAGGAUGAGGAUGAAGACGAGGAAGAGCUAAACAAGCCAACAAAGAAGGUGGCGGGCAAACCGAAGGGACCUUCAAAGGGUGGCGCACAAGGGAACGCCGAGCAACCGACUGAGUGCAAACAGCAGUAGAAUUUGGUGGAUGCAGUUGCAUUAUUUUCCCAUUGAACUGCCCAGGGGGAAGGAGCUUUUAUGUUGGUUGUGUUGUGCACGGGUGAGACGUUUGGUGUGGAUAUUACCGUAGGCAUGGUUUUGUAUCUGGUGGCGAGGUGAUUGUGCUGGUGUGGAUGGAUGGUUUGGGACGGUCAUGUUAGCGUAUUCUUAUUAUGGUCUCUAGCUAUAUGCAGUCGAAGGACACCCUAAGAUUGUGUAAUUAUAUUUGAACUCGUAAUGGAGCCUUCUAGUAUUAUUUUUUGUGCCA